AUGGCAGAAUCAUCCAGUGAUUCAAACCGCUUCUUCUGUUGUGACCGACUGAGUAGAUGGGCUGCCAGGUCAACUCACAAGGAAGUUCGAGGUCAUCCUGCGGUAGACGUCACUGAGAAGGUCUACAGCAUAACAAGCACGUUACAGGAUACCAGUUGGAACCUGCGACAAGUAGACCAGAUGCUUGGACGAUACCGAGAAUAUAGUAACGGACAGCUAAAAGAAAGCUUGGAACAUUCAAUAGGUCAACUACGAAGUCAACGUUUAUUGAGAAACUCAGGAGGGAGAAGUUUCUCUGUUCCGAGUCUGAGUGCCAGUGAGUCCGAUGACAACGCUCUGACAGAGAGCCAUCACGUUCCACCUACCUCACCUCUCAAGGACUAUGGGGACUCCCAGGGCAUUAGACGAAUUAGAUCUCAAACCGGCGUCCGGUGUGUUCAGGAGCCUGGAAACAUGGCCCAGCUUCACGCUUUCCAUCAGUCCCUCCGAGAUCUCAGCAGUGAACAGGCUCGCCUUGGAGAAGAUUUCAACAGGGAACUCUCCAGAAGAAGCCGAUCAGAUGCUGAAACAAAAAGAGUUUUGGAAGAAUUGGCUGAAAAACUUAAUGAAGCCCAGAAACAAGAAGUGGUUUCCGAUCGGGUGGAGCGAAGGCUUCAGGAAAUUGAAAGAGAGAUGCGUACAGAAAGAGAGCUGGUGGAAAGACGUCAAGAUCAGCUGGGUCUUAUGUCCUUGCAGCUACAGGAGGCACUGAAGAAGCAAGACGUUAAAGCAGAUAAGAAUGAAGACAUAAUCAAAAAUAAGCUAAGACAAACUGAAAAUGAGAAGAAUCAACUUGAACAGGACUUGGAGCUGACUCAGUCAGAAGGCAGCAGGGAGACUCUGCUGCAACAGGUCCAGGAGCUGCGCACACAGUUAACGAAGGCAGAAGGCGACCGGAAAGGCUUGCAGCAUCCAGCGUCUCAGGUUGCCAGGCAGUCAAGCCAUUAGGACGAGCAAGGAGAUGACUGGAAGUUUAGGAGAGGAGUAGAGCGGGAAAAACAGGAUAUGCAGAAGCAGAUGUCCGAUUUCAGAGUGCAGCUGAACCUGAGUACCAUGGCGUCUGAGGUAGAGGAGGUGAAGCGGUGCCUGGAACGCAAGGACAAGGAGAAAGCGCACUUGUCAGCCCAAAUCCAGAAUUUAACUCACGAGUUGGAGAGCAGGGAAAAACAACAGUUGCACAUGCUGAAUCAGCUCAGGGAGAUCCAAAAUCACUUUGAGACGAGCGAGGCUGAGCGCAAGCGAGCUGACCUCCAGAUCGCGGAGCUGACGCAGCACGCCGAGGAUGCCACCAAGCAGGCCAAACAGUACCUGGCUGAGCUGCGGCAGUCGGAGGCCCUGAGGGAGGAGGCUGAAAGACGCAGAGAAGACCUGAAGCUGAAAGCCCAGGAAUCCAUCAGGCAGUGGAAACUGAAGCAUAAGAAACUAGAGCGAGCAUUGGAGAAACAGUCUGAAACUCUUGAUGACUUGACAGAAAAGAACAAUCAGGUACAGAUGUCAAAUUCCUGGGGAGCAGGUUCUGCUGUCUCUAACAUUCGAUUCCUCCAUUGCUUGAACAAACACUUGGGUGUCGGGCUCUACAGUCUCUCAGUUGUCUUUGAAGUGUCUUUCUGUCUUGGCUAUAUCAAGUAA